AUGAAGAUUAACGGUUCUCCCGAAUCAGUGAAACUCAACGGCGAAGCUGCUGUCUCAUCAAUUCCGGUGACCUCCGGCGCUUCGAAAGAUGUCUCCUCCGGCGAUGUCGGAUUGAUGAAAUCGAAAGUUCCUGGCGCCGCUUCAUCCACUCCGGUCAAACCAACCAGAAAACUCGGUGCUUCUCCCGGCCUCAAGAUCGGCGUCGCUGGAAAACCCCAACUUCCCUCACGUGCCAAAGGCAAAGCUAUCGUUUCUGACGACCUAGAGGAGUCUGUAGCUUUAGGGAGAUGGAGAUGUGAAGCAGAUGAUUACUCUCUGUUACAGUUCAACGAUGCUGGUGGCUUUAAUGAUUUAGUUACAGGGGAGAUCAGUGAUAUGCAAAAGAUAGAUGUGAAUGAGAGGAUAACAAUACUUGAGCGGCUUAACCCAACUCCUAGACCAACCACGUCUCCUUACAUUGAAGACAGAUGGAGUUUUGAGUGGUUUGGAUCCAACACUCCUGGGUCACUUGCUGCUCGUGUCAUAUCCGACUUAGUCUUCUUUCCACUGUGUCCCCUUUCUCAUGAAUAUACACAAAAAAAAAACAUUUUUAGGUAUUGCUCUUUCUCUGUUUGGGACUGUGGCAGGAGCUUUCCUUCUUCAUUUGUGAGUCUAUCAAGUAUGUACAUUGUCAUUAAAUAUGCUAGCACUAGGGCCACCGCCAACGUUAAGCUGCUAAACAUGGUAGAAAACAAAGUCAUCUUGACGUCGAAAUAG